GUCACAUAGUCGCAUAUUGAGCCCCGAUGGCAUCUGUUUUUGAUGAAGGAAAGUUCCCCAUCAAAUUCAUUACAGAGGAAACUCCAUUUUCUUCCUGUUUCGAUUCCUCAGCCCCUCCAAAGCCAUUGUUAAUUGCGACACCAACUGUAAGCGGCACUUAUCCAGUACUCUUGCUUCUUCAUGGCUUCUACCUCCGCAACUACUUCUACAAAGGAAUACUCCAACACAUAGCCUCUCAUGGAUUCAUAGUAGUUGGACCUCAGUUAUAUAGCUUGGUGCCUGCAACUGGACCUGAAGAAAUUGAAUCAGCUGCAAAAGUGGUAAACUGGUUACCAGAAGGCCUUCAAUCUCUUCUGCCUGAAAAUGUUGUCGCGGACUUGACCAAAUUUGCUCUGUCAGGCCACAGUAGAGGUGGCAAAGCAGCAUUUGCAUUAGCACUUGGAUAUGCCAAAGCUGCUUUGUCCCUCAAAGUUUCAGUGCUAAUUGGGAUUGACCCUGUCGCAGGCGCCAACCAAUAUUGCAGAACUAAUCCCCACAUCCUCACCUAUGUCCCUCGCUCUUUCGACCUGAAUAUUCCCGUCGCGGUAAUUGGCACUGGCCUUGGACCGGAAAAGAAGAACGAUUGCAUGUCGCAACCGUGUGCUCCCGAGGGUUUGAACCACAAGGAGUUCUUCAACGAGAGCAAACCCCCAUGUGCACAUUUUGUGGCCAAGGACUAUGGUCACAUGGACAUGUUGGACGACGAUCUACCGGGCGUGGUUGGAGCAAUGUCGGGAUGUAUGUGCAAAAAUGGAAGCGGUCCGAAGGACCUAAUGAGGAAGUCUGUGGGCGGAAUUGUUGUGGCUUUUUUGAAUGCAUAUUUGAAUGGUGAGGAUGGAGAUCUUCUUGCUAUUGUAGCUGAUCCUGCUCUUUCUCCUGCAAAGCUUGAACCUGUGGAGUUCAUCAAUGCGUAAAAUCGUGGUCAAGUUUAUCGUUAAGGUCAAUUAAUUUCGUAUGUGAUGAUAUUUUAUUUGAGUCACAUGUUUCUUUCUCUUGAAUUUGAGGUAUGUGAUAUGUUUGGUUUGUCACUUUGUGA